AUGGGGAAACGCCACUUCGAUGUCCGAGAUCUGUUUCCUCAGAGCGAUGCAAACACAUGCAGCGAAGAAGACAGUGUAUAUGCAGAAAUAAGCACAAGAAGAAAGAAAAAGCACGCUCAGGGUACGCCAUCUGUCUUCUCUGCAAGUGAGAUGAGCAUGCUUGCACACAUCGACAUGGACAGCAUCCAGCUGCAAGGCGAUUAUUUGCCACCAAAAAGAAUAUGGAGUCAUUACAAAGACACUGACUGCAAAGAGGCCAAUUGCGACGAGAUUGAAUCUUCCGCUAAUGAAUGUGAUAACAAGUGGAAGAUUAACAUACUUACAGAUCUGAUCAGCAAGAACCGCCAGAAUAUAGAUGCCAGGAUCAAGCUUAGCAGGCUUCUGUCAUGUGCCGAUGCAAGCAGCGUUCUGCUCGAUGCAAGAGACACCAGAGAUGCUUGCCUAUGGACAGAGAUCAUAAGCAGGUGCUAUGUGCCUGAGCUGCUUGAUGAUGCAUUGAGUGUGAUGAAUGGGGAUGAACAAUUCUACAUGAUUCUAUUUGAAUGUGACAAGAGGAUAGAUGUUUUGCAGGCGGGCAUUAUGAAGCAUCCAAAAUCAGUUGUACUGAGAAAAGCAAUGGCCGAUGCAAUUGACUGCAUAGACCAGAAGCAGUGUUUUUUGUACGACUCUGUCGUAGACAUGGCUGGCGCAUGUAUGAAAGCAAGUAGCGAGAAAGAUAUGUCUACAGCUGAGGAUGUCUCGAAUGAGUUUGCAGCGAUGUUUAUUGCUUCGCAACCUGCUAUGCACAUGGUCAGGAGAUUAUAUGCUAAGCUUAAGUGCUGGAAUGUGUAUUUGCAUGCAUUGAUUGUGUAUUUGCUGAGGAAUGGCAACGAUGAUGCAUUAGAUGAUCUUUUUCGCCUUCCUCUGCACAGGAUAGUUUGUGUUUUGAAUGAGUGUGAAAGAAAGGUUCUACUUCCUGUAGAAGCACUGGCGAAUACCGAUGCUACAGUGUAUAUCAAAGGCGUUAGAGUUGAUGCAAUGUGUGCUAUUCCGCAUGGACUGAGAUGUCUGCUUGUGUCGAUGAGCAGGCAUGGAGUGCAUGAUGACGAGAGCUUUCUUGUGUGCUACGGGGUUAUCAAGCAAUGUGUGCUUGAUGAGCAGUUUAUAGAUGAGUUUUUCGUGAUGCGGAAGCGCAGAUAUUUCGUGGAUCUAAUGAAGGCGAAGGAGUACUGGAAGCUUUACAUGAUGCAGAAUGACCUGAGGUUUUUCAGAAAGGCCGAUAAGAUCCUGUGGGGCGGAGCUGUGCAUUAUGGCAAGGAAAAGAAGUUGUUUGUGCUUGCAAGAUCGAAGAUGCAUUACUUUGCAGGUGAUUUUGUUGGUAGCCUGGGUGCGAUUCCAAAGAAGAUGAAAACAAUCAGGAGAUAUGUUGUGCUGUCACAGAUGAGUGUGCAGAUGACGAUUGCUGGGAUAUGCAGCGACCUUCAUGACUAUAAGCACUACUUGCUGUAUGCAGAGCUGAUGCAUAGAUCUGGGAAGGAUGCAUCAGGGGUGUAUGAAGAGUGUAUGAGAAAGUAUCCGAGUAAUGCAGAAGUGGCGGUUGGGUAUUUGAGAUACAUGAAGGCUGUUGAUGCAGAGAAGGCAGCGGAGCUAUCUAAUGAGAUGGUAAAGAGGCAUGCUUCGGACGAGAGGGUGUGGUAUGAGCGAUUUGUGAUAUUUAGGCAUUGCGAGAGGAUUGCACUUCCGGUUUUGUACAAUUCCAGAAGGCAUGUCAGGUCUGAGCUGAUUAAUGCGGAGAUCAAGUAUUACGAAAACAAGCGAGUGCCUGCAGAAAGCAAAUACUCUGGGUAUUAUGAGUAUAAGAGGAUGGUAGACAUGGAAUGCAACUCUGCAGGUGUUUGCGAGCCCUGUAUGCAACAAAUGAAGCAGCAUUUCAUCCACAGGAUAGAGAGCGAUUAUGAUGACGGAGACGGCUAUCUGUUGCUUUAUGGAGUGCUGAGGAAUGUGCCUGAGGAUGCGAUCAAGAUGGCAAAGUUUUUUGAUCCUAGGAAGGGGAUGUAUUGGGUUAGGGUUAGGAAUGUGGUCAAUGUUGCAGAGCGAUUGAAGAAAGGGCUGGAGAUGCUGGAGUUUGAUAUGAUUAGGCGGCACAAGAACAAUUGA